AUCGUUUAAAGUUGUGGUCAAAAAUUUAGUUCACGCGCUUUCGAACACCAAUCGCAAAAGUACGGCAGCUCCGUGGGCUCUAUAUGUAGGUCUAUAAAAGGAAUAACCAACUUUUCGUAUAUUUCGCUAAAAAUUAGUUGUUUUGGUAUAUGAUACGAGGCACAGUAAGUAUUUUGCGCAGGAUGAGCACCCUUAGCGGCCAGAAACUAGCCACGGUGGUUCAGGAACUUGAAAACUUUGCUCCCACAUAUUUGGCCGAAAGGUGGGACAACGUGGGGCUGUUGAUAGAGCCGUAUGUGGAACGUGAUGUCAAGAAGAUCCUAUUGACUAACGAUCUCACAGAGCCGGUCGUCAGUGAGGCUAUAGAGAAGCAGAUCGAUCUUAUCAUUAGCUACCAUCCGCCCAUAUUCAAGCCGCUUACACGCAUCACCAAAAGUAACUGGAAGGAGCGUGUUGUGGCCGCUUGUCUGGCCAAUUCCAUUGCUCUAUACUCACCGCACACAGCUUGGGAUAAGCUUAAUGGGGGCGUCAAUGAUUGGCUGGCCAAAUCAGUAAAUAUAAACAACAUUAAGCCGUUAAUACCUGAACCGAACGCACCAGAGGGCACUGGAUCUGGACGUAUAAUUGAAACUAGUUCGCCAAUAUUUAUGAUCGUACAUCAACUCCAAAACCACAUACAGAACAACGUCCAUUUAGCAUUGGCCGUUACUCAUACAUCAAAAAGUGUUGUGAACACCGUUGCCAUUUGCGCCGGCUCGGGCGCCUCCUUAUUACGUGGUGUACAGGCGGACUUAGUAAUUACCGGAGAGAUGACACAUCACGAGCUGCUGGAGUUCAAUCACAAUGGCACCACAGUUUUGUUGUGCAAUCACUCGAAUUCGGAGCGUGGGUAUUUGCGCGAAUUCAAGCCCAUUCUUAGUGAACGCCUGCAGAACGCUUGCGAGAUAGUUAUCUCCGACAUCGACAAAGAUCCACUUCAUACGGUGGUCAAGCCACUGCAGACGCCAAGUGCCCAACAAGUUGAACAAUAAUAAUUAAUCUGGCCCUUUUUUUCUUUCACAAUACAUUUUUAGUAACAUUUGAAAAAUAAAUGUAGAACUAAACUAGA